CCAUCUCGAUGCUCUCGGUGCUGGCCGGUUGCUCGAUCUUUCUCUACUCGACGCUUUGACUUGUGCACGUAGCACGGAAUAGAACCAUGUCCAUGUUUGAACAUAACGUCAAUUGCGUUUGCAAGAGUCAGAUCAGAGGCAAGAAUUGUACGAAACGAAAGUAAAACGUGAGAAUGGCUGCCAUCAGUUUGUUAAAUCCAAAAGCCGAGUUUGCUCGAGCGGCACAGGCAUUAGCGGUGAACAUAUCUGCCGCCAAAGGAAUUCAAGAUGUGAUGAAAACCAAUUUGGGACCCAAGGGAACUAUGAAGAUGUUGGUUUCUGGUGCUGGAGAUAUAAAAAUCACUAAGGAUGGUAAUGUACUUCUGCAUGAAAUGCAAAUUCAACAUCCGACAGCAUCUUUGAUAGCAAGAGCAUCUACUGCUCAAGAUGAUAUGACCGGAGAUGGUACAACUAGUACUGUACUGGUCAUUGGUGAACUUUUGAAACAAGCUGAUCUGUAUAUAACAGAGGGAUUACAUCCCAGAAUGCUCACGGAAGGUUUUGAUUUGGCUCGUAAUAAAGCAUUGGAAGUAUUGGACUCGCUGAAAAUUCCAAUUGAGCCUAAUAGGGAGAUCUUAUUGGAUGUUGCAAGAACAUCUCUGAGAACAAAAGUUCAUCAUAUUGUAGCUGACAAGUUAACUGAGAUUUGUGUGGAUGCUGUAUUGGCUAUUAGACAAAAAGAUAAAGAAAUAGAUUUGCAUAUGAUUGAAUUAAUGGAAAUGCAACAUAGAACAGCAACUGACACUACUUUGAUUCGUGGUAUAGUCACUGACCAUGGAGCUAGACAUCCAGACAUGCCAAAAAGGGUGGAAAAUGCAUAUAUUUUAACUUGUAAUGUCAGUUUGGAAUACGAGAAAAGCGAAGUAAACAGUGGAUUCUUUUAUAAAUCAGCCGAAGAGCGAGAAAAAUUAGUGGCUGCGGAACGUGUGUUUAUUGAUAAUCGUGUGAAGAAGAUUAUCGAAUUGAAGAAGAAGGUGUGUGACGGAACGAAUAAAUCAUUCGUCGUUAUAAAUCAAAAAGGAAUUGAUCCUCAAUCUCUCGACAUGCUCGCGAAAGAGAAAAUUAUUGCUUUGCGCCGAGCCAAGCGUAGAAAUAUGGAACGUCUAGCACUUGCGUGUGGCGGCGUAGCCAUGAAUUCAGUAGAAGAUUUGAAAGAGGAACAUCUGGGUUGGGCUGGCCUUGUAUAUGAACAUGUUUUGGGAGAAACCAAAUAUACUUUCAUAGAGGAAUGCAAAAAACCAAAUUCUGUGACUAUUUUACUGAAGGGACCGAACAAAUAUACAUUAGAGCAAUUAAAAGACGCUGUACGUGACGGACUUAGAGCGAUAAAAAAUGCUAUUGAUGAUCGUGCCGUUGUUCCCGGAGCUGGAGCUUUUGAGGUUGCGGCUAGUCAAGUUCUUCAGCGGUACAAGGAACAAGUAAAAGGAAAGCAACGUUUGGGAGUACAGGCCUAUGCGGAAGCUUUACUUAUCAUUCCGAAAACUCUUGCUGUUAACGGCGGAUUUGAUUCGCAAGAUACAAUUGUUAAACUGCUAGAAGAAAGCACCGCUUUAGACGAAGCAGUGGGUUUAGACUUGUCGACAGGAGAAGCUUUAAAACCUACAGAUGCUGGCAUAUAUGAUAAUUACAACGUAAAGAAGCAAAUUAUCAAUUCUUGUACAAUCAUCGCUAGCAAUCUUCUUUUGGUUGACGAAAUAAUGAGAGCAGGAUUAUCUUCACUAAAAGGUUAAACUACUACAUAUUAUGGAAUAUUACAAGUGCAAGAAUCAUUAACACUUUUUCAACAAAAUUACAAUUGAAUUAUUGUAUCAUUUAUUUCGCAUUAUUUGUUAGUCAAAUCGUUUCUUAUAUGUCUGCUUUUACUAUCACUAUUUAAUAAUAAAAUAUGUUCACACCGAACUAAAUAAAUACAUUUUACAAUUUUGAGAA